CCUAUUACCCAAAUUAAGUUAGCUUUAUUCAAGGUACUGAAUAACAGGAAACUAUCUAGUAGUUAAUUUUUUUCGUUUCGUUAUCUUUGACCUGUCAAUAAAACACAUAGUUAGCAAUAUACGGCCUUGAAACUGCACCAGAACAUGCCAACCAUCACCACGAACAAUAACAACAAGAACAAUAACGACAACAACAGUAGCAACAGUAGCAACGACAACAAGAUGGCACCUCUGCAAGGAGCAAUUGGCGCAAUAGAUGCCGCGCCCGGUGUUUCUUUCUACACGCCUCGACAAGAGCCAGCUGCGGGCACUGCCAAAGAUGAAGAUUGUCCGAGCUUGUUCAAGCCAAUCAAUAUUGGAGGAAUGACCAUUCACAAUCGUAUUGUUGUGUCUCCAAUGUGCCAAUACUCAUCUCCGGAUGGUUUCGCUACCCAAUGGCAUAAAUCACUGAUCAACAGCUUUUCUGCACGCGGCCCAGGCCUAAUUUUCAUGGAAGCCCACUCUGUUAGCCCUUAUGGCCGCAUCACACCCUCGGACGCUGGUCUUUGGAGCGACGCACACAUUGAGCCUCUGGCCGAGAUCGUCGAGUUCGCCCAUAGUCAAGGUGUCAAGAUUGGCAUACAGCUUCAGCACGCCGGAAGAAAGGCGAGCCGACUCUCGCCAUGGUUGGAAAUGACAAAGGUUUCGAAAGGCAAGGAUUUUGGAUGGCCUAAUGAGGUCAUCAGCUGCAGCCCGGUGCCAUUCAGCCCUGAUACCUGUCUACCUAGGGAAAUGACCAAGGCCGAUAUUGAAUCUCUGAAGAAGGACUGGGUAGCGGCUGCGAAGAGGGCUCUCAAGGCUGGUUUUGAUACAAUUCUUUUUCAGGCAGCCUUCGGUUUCCUUCUCCACAGUUUCUUGUCUCCGGCUGCCAAUCAGCGCCAGGACAACUAUGGUGGUUCUUUUGAGAACAGAAUUCGUCUCCUAAUUGAGAUAGUGGAUUUGAUAAAGGCUGAGGUCCCCGCCGGCUUCCCUAUCGGAGUCCGCAUGCCUGCAACUGACCACCUGGAGUAUGACGAGUCGAUGCCGCAGUGGAAUUUGGAGCAAUCCACCAAGCUUGCCAAAAUUCUUGCAGAGCACGGAGUCGACUAUAUUGAUGUCUCAAGCGGCGCUCUCGACCGUCGCCAAAAAAUGAAAUACGGGAAGGGUUACCAGGUUCACCUGGCUAAGCAGAUAAAGAAGGCACUGGCAGGCACUAGCGUCAUUGUUGGAGUCAGCGGCAGCGUUAUAACGGGACAACAGGCUCAGGAUAUCCUGGACACAUCGGCCGCAGACGUUGUUGUUUCGGGGCGAGCCUUUGUAAAAAACCCAAACCUGGUCUGGCAGUGGGCUGACGAGCUAGGUGUCGAUAUCCAUGUUGCAAGCCAAUUUGGUUGGGGAUUUGGUAAGGCUCGGGGCCUUCCGUCCAAACCAAAGCCAAACCCAAAAUCUAAGAUAUAGUUGUGCAUAUGUGAAAUAUCAGCAUGCUAGAGAAUAUUAUUCGAGAUAGCUUCAGUAUAGAUUAAUAACCUUCGCUUACUAUUGCA